CCGCGGAUAAGGUCGACCGCUUCUUGCGGGAUAGCGUGUUUUUCAAACCGUUGAAAAACUUCGUCGGCGUGGACAAAGUCACCUUCUCCGCCCUGUCGGGAAUCGGCUUCCCGGACGGACAGAGUCUAUGCAAACUAGACGUUUUAUGAAAUGUAAAAAUAUCUGGGUCUGGAAGAAUGCAACUUGUCAUGCUGUCUUUGGAAGGUAAAAAAAAUUUGUAUUGCACGACCAGCAAGAGGAGUUCAGUUUGUGCUACGCGGAGCGCGCGUUUCUCAUGCGGAAUACGCAUAAGAAGGCCCCUUAAAAAUCUGUGAUGGUCGGCCAGGCAUUACAGACAUCAUGGGUUAUGCAAAACAUGCAUGACAAACCUGGCAAUCUUCCAGACCCAGACAUUUUUACACUUGAUACGUUUUUGUCCAGGUGUACGCGGUCUACGACGACGACGGCCCGCAGAUUUACUUAAACACAGCGAAGAUGAUAAACUCCACGGAAACCAUCCCGGCUUCACAUUUAUUGAACGCCGUGGCGAUCACCGGGAGGCCGUACGAGCCGGAGAACAAGAAUUUCUACUCUAUCGUGAUCGACG